CUGAAAUGUUGAAGUGCUUUGAGUAUUUGACAGAAGAAGACUUCGCAAUUGUAGAAAACUUCACUAAAAAAGCUGCUGUUUUAGCUGGGCAUCCAAUGCAUUCAACUGGUUUCGUUCCUAUGACAAAUGAAUACUGUGCCUGGACGGACGAUCAAAAGACGGAAAUAUUUCGCUACAUCACUGGACUCGUGAUAGACUCAUUUGCAGCUAUAUGCAGUUCUUUCAAAACAAGACAUCAAUGUGAUCGUUUCGAAAAAUUUCUGGACUGUGGAUUUUCUUUGAUGGAGAAAUACGCAGCUCUGGGCAUAUGUUCAGUGUCAGGCAUAUAAUUUUAUGCUAUUCCAAUUCAU